AUGAAGUGUUGUAGUAAAAAUUGUGUAAAUGUAGGAAUACCCAAAAAAAGAACGAAUAAAGACAAACAAGAUGAAAAAAAAGAAAGUUCCAACUAUGACCACCUCCCCACAACUACGGUCACAUUAACGGAUGGCUCUAUUUACACGGGAACUGUGCAAGAUGACAAAAUACAUGGAAAGGGAAUUCUAAAGUAUCCAAAUGGAGAACAAUAUGAAGGUGAAUUUAUUAAUGGGAAAAAAGACGGAAUUGGAAAGUGGUCAGAUAAAGAAGGUAAUACCUAUGAGGGGUCUUGGUUGGAUGACAAGAAACAUGGUUAUGGAAUAUAUAAAACAAAAGAAGGGUUAACUUUUGAAGGGAAUUUUGAAAACAAUAUAAGACAAGGAAAGGGAACCAUAACAGCAAAUGAUAAUACAAGAUAUAUCUGUUUUUUUAAGGAUGAUGUAGAAGAAGGAGAAGUCGAAUUUUUCUUUUCCAAUGGUGACCAUGCAUUAGGAUAUAUUAAAGAUGGAUACUUAGACAAGAAUGGAAGGUAUGAAUUCAAGAACGGGGAUAUUUAUGUUGGUAAUUUUGAGAAUGGAAUGUUUCAUGGAAAAGGGUACUAUAAAUGGAAUGACAAUUCUUCUUUCACUGUUUAUGAUGGGGAAUAUUUUCAAGGAAAAAAGCAAGGGGCAGGUAAACUUACUAAAAACUGUGGUACAGUAUUAAUCGGUGAAUUCAAAGAUAAUCAUUUGCAUGGAGAAGUUUUAGAAAUCAGUCCCCAAGGAAAUCAAACAAAGGUUCUGUACAGUAAUGGGAAUUAUGUGAAGAUCAUUGAAAAACUUGAGGAAAUAAUAAACGUGAAAGAAGUUCGUGCAGAAUCAGUAGCUAAUACCACAAUUUUUUCAGAUCCUAAUAUGUAUAAAAAGUUAUAUGAGGACAACUAUAAAAGCAACAGUAUCCCCUAA